AUGCGCUACAAGAUUUUUGAGCAGAUGAACCUUACAGGAUUCAACUGUCCUCAUCAGACAUACAAGUCGGCAUCGAUUGCAAUCUCCAACGAACAAUGCAUAAGUGAAGAAUCCGAGCUACAACUCGUCAAGGAACACUUGAGGAACGCGGAAAACAAUAUUGCUUACCUUUCAGAUAGGGUGAUGACCUACAGAGAUAGAUGGCUAGAAGAAUACUACCGCGCCGAUAACCUCGAACACCACAUGCCCUCUAACAUCCACGUGGCUUACCCCCCUCAAAUUCCGUACGGUGCUCCCUCUCCUACGUUCUUUUCCAGAAGCUUGGACGGUGAUGACGAGUAUUAG